AUGCGUUACGGUCUGCUGCAGUCUGUUGCUUCAAUUGAGCUGGAGGCACAGACUAGUCCUGGGGCGCCUGUUGGGUGCUGGGGUGGGUAUGAGAUGAGUAUGAAGCGGUACUUUGUCUUUGAAAAGCCGGGUCCUGGUGCUGGGAUGGUCAUUCAUCUUGGAGGGCCGAGGUUUCUGUUGAUUGGGUGGGGAUUCCAGGCGCGAGCACGGGCGUGGUCAUUUAGUUUCACAGGAUUCUUGAGUUUCCGGGAGAAGGUGGUGGACAAAGGGGAAGUACGGCUUCUGCGGGUGUUGAAUGGGGAUGAGGCGAGGAGUGGAAAGUUUGCGAUGAUGCCGAAUGAGGAUUCGGACUGCGGCGGGUUCCCGAUCUGUAUGACUAUAUCUGCUCGUACGAAAUAG